GCGGGCGCCAUGGCUGCGGCGGGCGGGAUGGACGGGUGGCGGCCGGGGGUGGGCGCGGCGCUGGGAGCGGGGCUGCUGGCGAGGCUGGGGCUGGUGGCCUACGGGCUGCACCAGGACGGGGCCAUGCGGGUGCGCUACACCGACGUCGACUACCGGGUGUUCACCGACGCGGCGCGGCUGGUGACCGAGGGGCGGUCGCCUUACGGGAGGGCCACGUACCGCUACACCCCGCUCCUGGCGUGGCUCCUAACGCCCAACAUCUACCUCGACGAGGUCUUCGGGAAGCUGCUCUUCGUGGCGGGAGACCUGGCGGCUGCUGCCGUCGCCUACCGGGCCUUGCGGCUCCGAGGGGUCGCCGCGGGGCGGGCGUGUGGGUGCUGCGCCGCCGCCUGGCUGCUCAACCCCCUGCCCAUGGCCGUGUCCACCCGGGGCAACGCGGAGGCGCUGGUCGCGCUGCUGGUGCUCGCCACCCUGUACUUGGUGGAAAGGGGGAGCGUAGGGAAGGCCGCGAUCUGCUAUGGGCUGGCCGUGCACAUGAAAAUAUACCCGCUCACCUACGCGCUGCCCAUAGCGCUCCGGCUGCGGGGUGGCAGGGAAGGGGCGGUGGACACGGGGCCUGGAAAAAAAAACUUUAUGGGGUACCUCUGGCAGCUUUUGGUAAAGAUGCUGAACCGUGAUGUGCUGCUUUUCGGAGCAGUUGCUGGAUCUGUGCUGGCUGCAUUGACUGCUGCGUUUUAUUACCUCUAUGGCUGGGAGUUUUUGGAGCAUGCCUACCUUUACCACCUGACCAGGAGGGAUAUCCGCCAUAACUUCUCUCCCUAUUUCUACAUGUUGUACUUAACUGCAGAGAGCAAGUGGAGUUUUGCCCUUGGGCUCGCAGCUUUCCUGCCCCAGCUGCUCUUGCUCCUGGUUGUAUCCAUAGCGUUUUACAGAGACCUUGCUUUUUGUUGUUUCCUACACACUGCUGUUUUUGUGAGUUUUAACAAAGUGUGCACAUCCCAGUACUUUAUCUGGUAUCUCUGCCUUUUGCCCCUUAUCAUGCCUAGUGUUAAGAUGUCCUGGCGUCGUGGUGUGCUGCUUCUCUUUCUGUGGUUUAUCGGACAAGGCCUGUGGCUCACUCCCGCGUACUUUCUGGAGUUCAAAGGAUACAACACUUAUUUAUUUGUAUGGUUGGCAGGCUUGCUUUUCCUUUUUAUUAAUAGCCUCAUAAUUGUUCAGAUUAUUUCACAUUAUCAAAAAGAAGCACAAGUUGCAAAAAAACUCAAAGAACAGUAAUAAACGACAAAAUCCAGAAAUAGCACUGUUGUCUUUUGUACCACUACCACUUUGUUUAAGGUACAUGCAUGUAUGUUCUAUUAAAGUAUGUAUAUGUAAAUGAUACUUUGUCAGGGCCAUGAGGGCACUGAUUUGCCUUAACUCCCCUGAGCAGUCACUGCAGGUGUCACCAACAUGGACCUUUAAACUGCAUUGUAACAUUCUCUCCAGCAGUGCCUUCAGCCACAUCUCCUGCUGCUUCUUAUGGGACACCCUGGAAGGACCCUGGACCAGUUCAUCACUUGUCACAUUUACGAUUGCGAUGGACCAGCACUCCUCUCAGACAGCCAUCUCCAGACACUGUGACUGCACCCUGGUAUGGUGAGGGUAUGGCCUGUGCCAAGUCACUUAAUGCUCCCACUCAUACCCCAGUGUGAAGCAGCCCUAGUCUUCUUACUCCCUGAUACCCUUUUUCUCAUUUUUCAUUUACUGCAUCCUUUACUUUUCAAGAACUGUGACUUCUGUGUAGAAAAACAAGAUUAUAAAGGGAUGUUGGAGUUUUAACAGACUUGUACAGUCCAAUAAGUGGGUGGGGUGUUUUGCAAGGGUUAAGCUGAUGAAUAAAUGUAAGGCAAUCACUUAGUGUGUGCACUGGAAUUUGUUUUCUUUUCAUAGUAACAUUUUAGCUAUACAGUGUGUGUGGUCUGCACCUGGUCUUCAGUUAAGUAGGAAAAAAGU